AUGAUAUUUGCAACCUUAGAACAUAUAUUAACUCAUAUUUCUUUUUCAAUCGUUUCAAUAAGAAUUACAAUUUGGUUGAUAAGCUUUUUUUUAGAAGAUGAAAUCAUACAACUAUAUGAUUCGUCCGAAAAGGCGAUGAUAAUUACCUUUUUUUGUCUAACAGGAUUAUUAGUUACGCGUUGGGUUUAUUCGGGUCAUUUACCACUAAGCGAUUUAUGGGAAUCAUUAAUUUUUCUUUCCUGGAGUUUCUCGCUUAUUCAUAUAGUUCCUUUUUUUAAAAAAAAGAAAAAUUAUUUAAGCACAAUAACGGGUUCAAGUGUUCUGUUGACUCAAGGUUUUGUUACUUCAGGUAUUUUAACUGAAAUAGACCAAUCCUCAAUAUUAGUACCUGCUCUUCAAUCUGAAUGGUUAAUAAUGCACGUAACUAUGAUGCUAUUGAGCUAUGCGUCACUUUUAUGCGGAUCAUUAUUGUCAAUAGCACUUCUAGUUAUUACAUUGAGAAAAAACGAAACAAUUUUUUGUAAAAGUAAUCUUUUAGUAUUAAAUCAAGAUUUUUUCAGUGGUGAAAUCAAAUACAUGAAUGAAAGAACAAAUCUUUUGCCAAAUACUUCUUUUUUUUCUACUAAGAAUUAUUACAGGUGUCAAUUGAUUCACCAAUUGGAUUGUUGGAGUUAUCGGGUUAUUAGUCUAGGUUUUAUAUUUUUAACCAUAGGGAUUCUUUCAGGAGCAGUGUGGGCUAACGAAGCGUGGGGAUCAUAUUGGAGUUGGGAUCCAAAAGAAACUUGGGCAUUUAUUACUUGGACCAUAUUCGCCAUUUAUUUACAUACCCGAACAACUAGAAAUAUGCAAGGUUACCACUCAGCAAUUGUAGCGCUUAUAGGAUUUCUUAUAAUUUGGAUUUGCUAUUUUGGGGUCAAUUUAUUAGGAAUAGGGCUGCAUAGUUAUGGUUCAUUUACAUUAACAUAA